AUGGGUUCAUCUAGUAAAGGAAAGAGAAAGGUCACUACAUCAACAGGUAUACGUGCUUUUUUUAAAGGUGGGCGUGAUACUUCUCAACCAACCAUUAAAGCUUGUUUGCAAAGUAAGGAAAAAUGGGAAAAUACGGACAUGGCUAUUGCUCUUUGGUUUUAUGAUGCUUGCAUUCCUAUAAAUGCUGUUAACUCUCCAUUUUUUCAAAAAGCUAUUGAUCAAAUAGCAUCAAUGGGUCAUGGUUACAAAGGUCCAUCCUAUCAUUCUUUGAGGGUUAACUUGUUGCGAAAUGCCAAGAGAGAUGUGAAAUUAGUUGUUGAUUCUUUUAGAAGUACUUGGGCAGAAAUUGGUUGCACUAUAAUGGGUGAUGGAUGGAAAGACACUAGGCAAAGAUCAUUGAUUAAUUUUUUGGUUUAUUGUCCUAAGGGUAUUUCUUUCAUUAAAUCUGUGGAUGCAUCUGAUAUUGUAACAAGUGCAGAAAAUUUGUGUAAUUUAUUUGCUGAAAUUGUUGAGAUGGUUGGUUCAAAUAAUGUGGUGCACUUAGUUACUGAUAAUGCUAGCAAUUAUAAAGCUGCUGGGUCUUUGUUAAGUGAAAGAUAUCCGAACAUUUGUUGGUCACCGUGUCCUGCACACUGCAUCAAUUUGAUUUUGAAAGACAUUGGUGAAAUGUAUGAUAUAAAAGCUUUGGUGUCUCUUGCUUCAACGGUGACUGUUUUUAUCUACAAUCAUAAGUUCACUUUGAAUUGGUUAAGAAAGACUGCAGGGUGGAAAGAAAUUAUUCGUCCCAGUGACACUCGAUUUGCAACUACCUUUAUUGCAUUAAAAAGUUUGCAUGAUCAUAAGGAUAGUUUGCAAUCUUUGGUUACUAGUGGGGAUUACAAAAAAUUUCUGAGAAUAGAAAAAGGAAAAGAUGUGAAGCAAAUCGUUUUGGAUGAAAGGUUUUGGAAUAACUGUUUGAUUAUGGUGAGAAUAAUGGGCCCUAUCAUUCGUUUAUUGCGUAUUUGUGACACUGAUGAAAGGCCUUCAUUGGGUUAUGUUUAUGAAGAGGUUAUAAAUGGCUUGCUUGAUUACAUUGAAACAAAAGUGGAUUGGUGCAACACUGAAAAAUUAUCGCAAGAGGUUGGAAUGUAUCGGGAAAGGCAAGGGAGUUUUGGGCGCAAACUUGCUAUUCUUACUAGCAAAUCUGAUCGGCCAGAAAAUUGGUGGAAGUUAUAUGGUUGUGAUGCUCCGAAUUUGCAAAAGCUUGCAAUUAGAAUUUUGAGUCAAACAGCUUCUUCUUCUGGGUGUGAACGUAAUUGGAGCGUUUUUGAACGCAUUCACACUAAAAAAAGGAAUAGGUUGGAGCACCAAAGACUUAAUGAUCUUGUGUUUGAUCACCGAAAGAAAUCUUAUGAUUCCAUUGAUUAUGAAUCUAUUGAUAAAACGGAAUUUUGGGUCAUAGAAGAAGAACAAGAUGGCGAGCUUAAUUGUGAUGAAUUGGAGGAAGAACUUGAAGAACUUCCUAAAGAUGAUUCUCAGCUAGUUGAAGAUGAUGAAAGUGAAGUUGGGGAAGAUAAUGAUAUUGACUUGGAAGCAUUUCAGCGUAGGCGCCUUUUGGAUGGUGAUGAAGAUAAUGAUUGGUAA